ACCUCAUGAUCCGCCUGCCUCGUUCUCUCAAAGUGCUGGGAUUACAGGCAUGAGCCACCGUGCCCUGCCCACUCUCUAGAUUUCUAAACUUGAUCCCUAAUCAUCCAGUUUUAUGAUCUGUUCUGUUUUGAGCAUUUGGUGUCCUUAAGGGGGCUGUGUCACACCUAGAGAAAUCCCCACCUCUGCCACUGCAGAAUAAGUCACGCUUUCUUCCUCAAACUUGGCGAACAUGGAGAGAGCUGGUCACCAAAGAGGAGGAUGUGGUGAGCCCCGGGGAGGAGACGGUGGAGGCCCUGCUGGGCCUGGUCCGCAGCCCCCACUCCCCCUGGGCUCUGCUGAACGACUCGAAUGCAGAAGACAGUUUCCUGAGAGAACUGGCCAUCCGGAACCCGCUGAUGAUCACAGACACCUUCUUCUACUCCUACUUCCGGUCCCUGCGGGUGGUAGACAAGGAGGUCACCCUGGUGGAUAAAGACCUCCUGAAAUUUCUAAAGCUGGAGGAGUUGGUACUGAGCGCCAAUCGAAUCAAGGAGGUGGAUGCCACCAAUCUGCCCCCCACACUCAAGGUGCUGGAGCUCUACGGCAAUGAGAUUAGCAGCAUGGAGUGUCUGUGCGCCCGCCCGCCCGCUGGCCUGCAGCACCUGGGGUUAGGCCACAACAAACUUCUAGGCCCCUUGGAAAGUCUCUAUGUCACCGCUGAUCACUGGGGAAGAGUGAGGCUAGGAUUGGGAGGCCCUGUGCUGACAGUGGCCACUUGUGUUUUUCUUCUGUUCUCAGAGCUGAGAUCAAGUUGCUUUCUAGCUUGUGGCAGCAGGAAAGUCACCCUGCCCCUGCCCUGGCUGCUUGGCCCCUGCUCACCUGGCUUCUUGACCCUCAGACGGUCCUGCUCACCUUCCAGGCCCAACCUCGUCUCCCUGGAUCUGGGCUUCAAUGACCUGACAGACCUGCAGAGCAUGGUUGCCAGCCUGAGGACCCUCCGGCACCUGCGACUCCUGGUGCUUCAGGGAAACCCACUGGCCUUGGUGCCCUACUACCGUGGCCUCACCAUCGACAGCCUGGCCCAGCUCUGCGUGCUGGACGACAUCACCGUGUCUCCCAACGAGAAGCAUCUCUUCCGGGGGCUCAGCCUCAAUGGCGAUCUCUUGGCACAGGAGGCGCAGUUUGUGGUGACCAUCGGAAACCUCAGAGGAGUCCUGGACACCUCUGUCCUAGACCCGGAACCCGGGCCCGAAGGCCCUUUCGUCGCUUAUAGCUAUUACGUGACGUACGAUUUUGUGAGAGACGAAGAAGGUGAAGCGGAUGAGGACACGGGCGAGCUGGCCGAGAUCGUCAAGCCCUCUCCCAGCUUAGAAUUAUUAGUUGAGGAAUCUCCUGAAGAGGUCGGUGAAGAUGUCAUCAAAGACAUUGUUGGAGGGGUCACUGAAGAGGUCGAAGGAUCUCUGGAGUCUGAGGCGGAGGAGUCAGGAGAGUCGGAGCUGUCUGUCAUCUCGGGGCCUUCGACCAUCUUGCAGACGCCGAGGGCCUCUGCAGAAGAGCUGGCCAAGUUGCGGCUGCGUAUAGAUCCCCGGCUCUGCCCGUCCCCAGGGACUGUCCUCUUCAGCACCACCCACAAGCCCUGGGCUGAGGUCAUCCCGUGCAGCUACGAGAUGCAGCACUCUCUCAGGGACCUGGUGCCACUGAAGGCCUUCCUGCUGGCAGGGACCACUGUGACCAUCGUGGAGGAGAAGAUUCUCUCCUGGCCUGUGGUGCUACCUGCUGUUGACAGUCCCCUGUCUGCCAAGAGAGGAAAGGGGGAGAAAGACAAGAAAGGGAAGGAGAAAGACAGGAAGGGGCAAGGAGAGAAAGAGCCGGCCAAGGAGUGGAAGGUGCCGAAGAAGAAGAAAGAGCCGCCCAAGGAGCUCCGGCAGGACCCCCCCAUCCUCCAGGUGCUGGGCCGGGGCCUGGUGAUCCUGGAGCCCCUGCUUGCCGGGGAGCCCCUGGUGGCCACUGUGUGCAACUUCGGCACGGUCCGCACCUUGACAUCGGACAGGCUGACACUGGCCAGGGAUUCAAAGAAGAUUAAGAAAGUUGCCAAAAAAGAAAAGCCAAAAGCCGUGAAUCCGAUCUACGAAAGCGAUUACCACCCCGAGCCCCUGACGGUAGAGGUGCAGAUCCAGCUGAACCAGUGCCGCUCGGCGGCGGAGGCUCUGCGCAUGUUCGCCGUGUAGGGCGUGGGCAAUAAAGGCUGUUC